AUGCCUAACUUCUCUUAUUUUUCCCUCCUCGUCUUCCUCUCUUUUCUCUUCAGUACUUUCCAUGCCAUCAUCGCUCAGAACCUCAUCCGUGAAACUUGCAAGAAAUGUGCAGAAAUUGAUCCAAACCUUAGCUACAACUUCUGUGUAACUUCUCUUCAAGCAGCUAACGAUAGCCACUGUGCUAAUCUUCGUGGACUUGGCAUGAUCUCCAUCAAGUUAACCAAAUACAACGGGACCAACACAAGGCACUACAUUAAGCAGCUCUUGAAGAACAAAAAAUGGGACCCCUUCGUUAGGGCGUGCUUAAAUGAUUGCCUCGAUCUUUAUUCUGAUGCAAUCCCUACCCUUAAACAGGCCAUAAUAGAUUACAAGUCUAAGAACUAUAAGGAUGCCAAUAUUGAAGUGGGUUCAGUUAUCGAUGCCGCGACAACUUGUGAAGAUGGAUUCAAGGAGAAAGAAGGUACAGUUUCACCAUUAACAAAAAGAAAUAAUGAUACUUUUCAGUUGUCUGCUAUAGCACUUUCGAUCAUCAACAUGCUCCAUUGA